AUUUUAACCAAGACUUCAAGCAGGUCUGAAGUCAAAGCAGUUCUCCUUCAACCUGCUCACAUGAAGUCAGAAAGGAUGAAGCUACAAUUUCUCAUCAUCAGUCUUUUGAAUCAUUUGAUGCUGACCAGUCAAGAAGAGAAACCGAGACCAGACACAUUGGAUGAGCCAUAUGGAGACAUUCAAACCAACUACACUUAUGAUGAUGAUGACGAUGAACCAUUUGCUCCCUGCAACACCACUGUGCCUGGAUUCAACCCCACUGGCAUUAUGGUCGUUUACAUCAUCGUGUUUGUCUUCAGCCUCAUAGGCAACCUCGUGGUUGUCCUUGUUGUCUGCUCUAUGAAGAAAGGCAGAGCCAGCACAGAUAUCUACCUGAUGCAUCUGGCAAUAGCUGAUCUGCUCUUCUGUCUUACCCUCCCCUUCUGGGCUGUUGACAACCACAUGGGCUGGGUCUUUGGCAACUUCCUGUGCAAACUUCUUUCAGGCUUUCAGGAGGCAUCUGUGUACAGCGGUGUGUUCUUGCUGGCCUGCAUCAGUGUGGACCGUUACUUUGCUAUAGUGUGGGCUACACGCACGCUGUCCUCCCAUCACCUGUUGGUUAAGGUCAUUUGCAUCAUUGUGUGGUUGAUAGGUGGAGUCUUGGCUCUACCUGUGGUAAUUAAGAAGGAGAGCAUAUAUGGUGAUGACCUCGAGCAGCAAAUUUGCCAUGAAAACAUAACCGGUGAAAGCAGUUACCAAUGGCAAGUCAGCAUCCGUAUCCUUAAGCAUACAAUGGGCUUUUUCCUGCCUCUGAUGGUGAUGUUUGUCUGCUACGGCUGUACAGUAGUGAAGCUCUUUCACACCCGAAAUCAACAGAAGCACAAGGCCAUGCGAGUGAUCCUAGCAGUGGUGUUGGCCUUUAUUCUCUGCUGGCUGCCGCAUAACAUCGCGGUUCUGAUUGACACUCUGAUACAAGGCGGAACGAUACAAGGGGAGACCUGUCAAACUCGAUACACAGUGGAGGUGAUACGAAGUGUGACCGAAGUCUUCGCCUUCAUGCACUGCGCAGUAAAUCCAGUGCUGUACGCCUUCAUUGGGGAGAAGUUUCGGAACCAACUGCUGUCAGCUCUUCACAAGCACGGUCUCAUCAGCAAGAGGCUACAGUUGGCUUACAGGAAGGGCUCUGUCUACAGCACGGGGAGCAUCAGAUCUAGAAACACCUCUGUUGUAAAUGGCCAGGAUGGGUGAUCAUUAACAGUCCCAGGUGAUGCUCAUUUUUAUUUUUUAUUUGAUCCUACAAGCAGCCAAACAUCCUCUCUGUCGAAGGGCAGAGCCUCAACAGCUAAACAUGCAAUUAAAAGAAAAGAAACUGUUGGAAAAAAAAUGUUGGAUUUGACUUAAUUGUUUUGUGUUCUUCUUUCAACAUGUUGUAAACCAGAAAUACAGAUAAAAUGGAGAAAAUUGAAUAUGUUAGUGAAAUACCAAUGCCAUUUUGACAGAUUAAAAACAGGAAGCAGAAUCUGAAUGGAUGCAUAGAUUAUAUGCAGCUAGUGCCAAUACAUGGUUGAGCCACAAAUAACGGUGGCAGAACAAAGGAAAACAGCCUGACUGGAUCAGUUACAUUCUACACAGAGUGUAUCUGAAGUACCUCUUAAAUGUCAGAUUAUGCACAUCAACAAUCGUAUCAUUUGCUUGAUCAAUAAGGCUUCCUGUUAUUUUUGAGUUUUGAGUAAUUAGUUCCAUCCUCUAACUUCCUGUUCCCAUAACAAAUGAUAUGAAGACUGUACAUAGUUCACAUGGAAACUGAUAAAAUUUCACUUGGUUAGUUGCUUGAAAGCUUAAGCUAGAUGUUUUAUGUCAGGUGCUGUUAUAUGUUUUAUAUAUAUAUAUAUAUAUAUAUAUAUAUAUUAUAUAAUAUUAUAUAUAUUAGUUGAAAUUUGUCCUGAACUCCACAAGAAUAAAUAGAUGCUCUACUGGAAAAAUAAAUGAGCUGUCAGUGGAAAAACUGCUUUAAAGCACUCUGCAAAAUCAUAAGCCAUGUGGGUAAUGUAUGGAUGAAUUUAUUGAAAAUAUGCAAACAUAAAUGGGAAAUACAGAAUAUAAACCAAAAACAGAAUUUGUAUAAUUCUUAGAAAGUCAAUGGAGUCUGAGCUCUUGGGAGGAUUCAUGGCUCCAUCGAUGUUGCCACUGAUUUUCACUCCAGUUCUUGUGUCAUGUGACGUACUUCAGCCUUUUCUCCCUGCUUAUGGCUUCUUGACAGCCAUUCUUCAUGGAGACAUUUUUGAUGAAGCUUCAGUCAGCAGAAGAUGGAUCAGCUAGUCCAGAUGUAUCUCUCAGGUGUCAGGUCUUUCCCAGAUUUUUUAAAAAUCUUUUAUCUUAUCUUUCCCCCUAUUUUCCUAAGAAAAUCAUUUUCAUAUAAUCUUCGUCUGACUUAGUCUUUUAGGCUGAGAUAUUGUUUGAUAUUUGUUCAGUUUCCUAACUUUUUCUUUAGGUCACACUGCACAGCAUGCUGAGGCAUGCCAAGUUUACAUCUAACGGCUCUUUGGGACUCAUUAUGUUGGGUCAAAAUACUAUAAAAUUAAUAUUUUUUAUAUUUUUUAGGUGCAGAAAUGGAAAAAGUCUGUGUUUGUGUGACAGGCUGCAAAUAAUGGACAGAUCAGUGUUCAGUGGCUUGAAGAAAAAACACACUCGUCAAGUACAAGGACUGGACUGAAAAUGAAUGAAAAAAAACAAAACAAAACAAAAAAAACAGCCAAUGUCCAAACAGAAACUUUAAAUGAGAACUGUUGCUCAAGAUUACUUUUAAAGAUUACAACAGUCAUUCUGCUCGGAAACAAAAAAACAAACACAAAAAGGUUGGUUGGAUUGUUCAAGACUUGAUGGCACUGUAGUUCCAGAGAACUUUGAAAAACUUUAUCUUCCUAAAAACCUGAUGCAAUGAUCAAAAGGACCUGUUGUAGAUUUGUACAAAAAGUUUCAUUCUCUUUUUAUCAAAAGAAAAUACUUCAAGCCUGCUUUCAAUAUGCUGCACAUGUGGUUUUGACUCUGAGAUGUUUACCUGUUUUUUUUUUUACUCUAGACAGUAGCUGAAAAUAUGUUUCUCACAAUCAGAGAUGUAAUCUUUUAAACAGGAAGAAGUGGUGAAAUCAUGUUUUAGUUUUUAAAAACAAGUCACAGUGAACGUCGUUGAUGAAUCACUUUCCCUUAGAGAAGCAGAAGUUUCAGGUAAAGAAAAACAACGCUGUUUUUUUUAAUCAAACAUAACAUCUUAAAAUGCUAUUUUUUGUUGUUCAGUAGCUUAUUUCUUGACUGAUUAAUAAAAUAUAUAUUUCUUAA